CGUUGUUGGUUCGUUCACUUCGUCUCUCUCCCCGGUGUCUCUCCGGUGUCUCUCUCCGUUGGCUCUCUCGCUCUCUCUCCGGCUAAGCUGGUCGUGAGAUUUCGCUCGGAUCCGGCGGAUCGGUGUCGUAUCGUGUCCAAAAAAGGGGCAAAGCAAAACAACACAAAUUGAAAAACUAAGUCAAAACAAUUGAAGUGAAGCUCUCGCGGCACAAUUUUUGUAUUAAAUAAAUGAGAUAAUUCAUCCAGCCGCAAACACUACGAGUGGAACUAAAAUAUUAUUAAUAACAAUCGUUAAAAGUGGAAAACGCGAUGCGGCUAAUUGGAUUUAUGCUAAAUUUGGCAGCCCUAACAGCUGUCGUCUUGGGCAAUCACCAUGAGAGUCUCUCGCUGAGUCCAGCGGAGCAUAGCGUUGUGCGUUACACAAACGAAUCCCUUAUUGUGCAGUGCCGGAGCCCCGAUCCGGACGUGAAGCUGCAUUGGAAAUCGCCGAAAGGGGAUAUUAUACGCGAGCACAAAGGACGCAUCCACAUUGAGCAAACAUCGCCAGAACAAUUGAAAAUCGUUUUCGCCCACAUCGCACUGGCGGACAAGGGCAAUUGGAGCUGCGAAGCUGCUGAGGGCGGCCUGCAUAGUAAAUCCUUCGAUUUGAUUGUAUAUCAGAAAAUUACAUUCACGGAGAACGCCAGCGUGAUAACCGUAAAAGAGGGCGACAAAGACAAGACCAUAUUGUGCGAGGUGAAGGGCGAACCGCAGCCAAACAUCACCUGGCAUUUCAAUGGACAGCCCAUUAGUGCGGACACGGCAGAUGGCUCCAAGUACCGCAUCCUGGCCGAUGGUUUGCUCAUCAACAAGGUAACACAGAGUGACACCGGCGAGUACACGUGCCGGGCAUACCAAGUGAAUUCGAUUGCUUCCGAUAUGCAGGAGCGCACAGUUUUGAUGAAAAUCGAACACAAACCAUUUUGGACGCACAAACAGUUUGUGAGCAUGCAAUAUGCGUACAUCAACGGGACGGCGUCUAUCAUGUGUGAGGCCCAGGCGGAGCCUCCGGCCACCUUUACGUGGCACCGGAAGCAGAAGCGGCUGCACAGCAACGAGCGACUCUACACUAUCGAGGGAGACCACUACUGGUCCCGGCUGACUGUUCAUGUGCUGAACGCCAGUGUUUUCGACAAUUAUCGCUGCCGGGCCACCAAUCAUUUGGGCAGCAUUGAGCGGACCAAACGUCUGGAGCAAGGCGAAAAGCCCCCAUCGCCAAUCACGUUUCAGCUGCGCGGCUUCAACUCGAACACCUUCGAUGUGGAUGUUAGUGCCCCGCGGGGACCCGAGGACCGCGGGCCCAUGGAGGUGAACGGCUUCCGGAUCGAGUACAUGUCAGAGCUUGAGUUCAAGUCGGAUGCCGGCAAGUGGACCAAUGCCAGGCGCAAGGACUUCCCCUUUGAAGAAGGUGCCACUUUCCUCAUUACCAACCUGGAACCCGACACCACCUACCUGAUGAGAGCCGCCUCCCGCAACCUUGCAGGCUUCAGUGACUUCACCAAAGUGGAGAAGUACAAGACGCUGUCACUGGAACCGCGCGUGUCUUCGGCGCUGCCCCAAACCACGUCCCUAUGCUUCAGUUUGAUGGCUAUGAUGUGUCUGACACUACGGCUGGGAUAUUGAAUCUGUAUCUGCAGGCGGAUGACGGAUAAUGGAUGCGAGGUGACGGCUGAUGGAUGAUGGAUAACGGAUAACGUUGGACGGGUGAUGCACCUAGCAAAACCGCGGAUAGCCCUGUACCCCCCAUGUGCUUUGUUUAGCUUUAAGGCGUGUCCGUCUGGGCACUUUUCUGUCUGAUUUGCUUUGUCUAAGUUCUUGGUUUAUCCGACUGUUGAUACAACCCAAAAACCAAUGUUUUAGUUAAGUUUAGUACGAGUCUCUAAUUAGCUUUGAACUUGCUUAAGGAUUAUAACUAUAGUUGAAAAGGAAAAAUAUUUAUGCAAAACAUAUAGAAAUAUUUAUAUUUAAAAAGAAUCCUCAUAGUGCAUAAAUGGUAUACCAAAGUUAAACUUAAAAUUUGCGAUGCAAUGGAUCCAAAGCUCAUAGUAGGAUAAUUUUUAAGCUUCCCCCAAAACAUCCCAACUAAAUCCCGUAUCUUCCCGUUUUGCUCAACAAUUUUCGGUAUGCAAAUCUGGAAAUAAAUCUUAGCUGAAUAUUUUUCCGAAACAAAAACUAUCCUUCUUUGAGCUUGGGCCUUGGCGCCCAUAAAAGAUUUUGUUGCCAAAUCUUGAGGAUAUAAUCAAAAAAGUGGUCAAAUCGCAAAUAUAUAUUCCAAAAGUUGCCAAAAAAAA